CUCAAUCGUUCUUAAGAAUGAUUAUCCAAUCAUUCUAGUUUGUGCACUUUCGUUUGCAUUAUAGACCGCAAUACUGAUGUCAUUUGUCGCAUCUGUGUAUAAAGGAUUCUUAAAAGUUUUAUUGAACUACCUAGUAAAAGGAAUUUUCUAAGUUACAUACCAAUUCCAUGCUUAUCAAAAGUAUAUCAAUCUGUGCGAAUCGCGAUCUAAAACGGUGUGAUGGUCUGAUAUACAAAUUGGUAUAGGAUUUCAGAGAAACUACACGCGUCUUGAUCGAGAUUUCUUAAACCACACACUCUUUUAUAUUCGCUCCUUCGAACGAAGUAGCAUCUAAUUGGUCCAUCCGUUUACCCAAGAAGAUAUGCUGAAUGCAUCCGCUGAAUGAUCUGACAAAGUUGCCAUGCGUACGAUUGUAUAUGUUUUCAUCUGGAAAUCCUCCUGCAAAAAACUAUGUCUUUCUACCGAGAUGUAAUAUGUUUCAAACAUUGUGGGAAAUCGAUUUUUACUCAUGAUAUAGCAACGACUUGUCCUUUAUGCCAUACACCAUUAGGUAGCAGUUUGACCAGUAUUCCAUUAAUGCUACCAUAUCCUUUCGUAAAAGCCUGUCAAUACCCUUGUUCAGUGGUUUUACGCCCUUCAGACGGCGAUUUUUUGAGGUUCUUUGUUAAUCAGCAAAAUUUGCAUAUUGGAUUAACUGCCUCCGAUGGAUCUAUUUUUGAGUACGAUCUGAAUGGUUUAAAACACACGGCAACGAAAAAUAAUGGUAAUGUCGUUUGGAAUCAGUGUAUAUUAAUCGCACAAGUUUCUCUACCGUGGUAUGACAAAUGGGACAAUUUACUGCAACAAUUUUUCGAAAGCACCCAAUGGAAAAAAGAAGACUAUCACGAACAAUCGCACAAUUGUUAUACCUUUAUUUUGAGUUUUCUUGAAAAGCUCGAGCAUGACGAACUGUCCUGCUUCUGCCUUGAUAAGGUUUCAUUCAGCCAAAACUUUAUCGUUCCAAAAACACAAAAUGCUGCGAAAUACAUCACUAUCCAUCGAAAAUUGAACUCUUGUAAUUAUUGGAUUGAUAAAUAAAUAUAUAAAUGUAAAAAUAUCGAAUGAAUGCAAAGCGCAUCUACCUUUUAACGGUGAUAUUUAAACGUGUUUCAAAUACAGUAACUCGGGGUCCACACUACAGCGCGACGUCCCGUCGCGAAACGCGACGUCGCCUGACAGGCGGCCGAACUCCAUACAAAAAAAAUGUCGCACAAAUCGCGCUAGUGUAGAAAUAGCGAAAAACGCGACGUCGCGAUAGCUCUUGUCAAAUGUCAAUUCGAAACGAAAAC